AUGGCCUCGUCCCAGGUUGAGACUGUUUCUUCCUCGCCCUUCCGUAGCGUUCUGAGGGACCGCAACCACCGGGAAGCAUGCAGGGAAAGCAACGUCAAGUGCACGCAUCAUCAUCAUCAUCAUGCUACGUUGCAAAGAAACAUCAAGAACUUUGUCAUGGACCUUAACACGUGCAUGGUAGUGUCUUCUGAUUGCACAAAAAAGGAAAACGACGACAAUGACAACAACAAAAAAAACGAAGGCAAUAAUCGGCGUAAGGCUCCCAAAAACAAUCGCCUAGAGAGACUUGGUUUCACACGAGCCAACUCCUUCAAAAAUAGCAGCGGCAACGACACCUCCUUGGCCUCGUUGAUCAGCCCGAGACACUCGCGGCUUCUCGAUCGAUGGGCUGCCAAACAGGCUCGGGAGAUGGUGUCGAAUUUGGAGAAUGAGGCUGAGUUGUUGUCAAUGGACGACUGUGACAUGUUUCCAAGGACAUCCAGUUCGACAUCUGAGGAGGAGUCUACCUCCUCAGAGAUCCCGAACAAGGUUGCUUCUUCUCUUGUUCAGAUUUGGGAGAAGAGGCUGAACCAAUCUGGUGUCUCCAAAACCAUCACAUCAGGGGAGAAGAUUGUUUCGACCUCUUCUCCGCCGAAUGAGAAUGUUAAUGCUCCAGCGGCGGAGGAAGAAUGCUUUGAUGGGCCCUCAGGGAAUGAUGAGGGAAGUUCCUUUCCCUCGUCAUUUCAUGAAUGGGAAUCAAGUGACCAUUCUGUUUCGCCACGUGGCAGGUCUGAGAGUGGUGUCAGUGUUGCUAAUAUCAUAAAGAAACUCACUUCUACCAACCUGAAUCAGAGUCCAACACCUUCCUUUGCUGAUGAGAAUGAUCAUGAAGGGUAUGCUAGUAGUAGUCUGGCAAGUUCUCCUUGUAGAGAGCGUGAAUGUGGCCAUCAACAACAAUCUUUAGAGCAUAAACUUACUUGUCCCCUGCGAAUUAGAGGCCGCCAAGCGUUCAAUGAUUUGCUUAUGCAGAUGGAGAAUGACAGGCGUAGGGAGCUUAACAACUUGGCAGAGCGUGGAGCAGUGUCCAAGUUCGCACAAAGAGGUCGCAUUCAGGCAUUGCUUCGGAUUAAAUUAUUGCAACGUGAUCUGUCAGCUAAUGAUCGCUACCGCCAGAAAUCAGCAUCAUCUGAAGUAAACAACAGACAACCACAAGGGUCUGCAAUUAUGCAAUUAAGGGAAAGAUUUAGCAUUGGGGUUGAACUUAGAACUCCGGUCCAGGUAGAAGUAGCUAACCCAAGAAGUUCUCAAAGAAAGACAGUAAACAAAAAGACACAACUGGGUAACGCUGCCACAACUGAUCAACGCAGAAAAGACACAAGAAACCAGACAGCUCAAAGCAGUGCCAAUCAUGCCACAGAAUCCACGCAAAAGUCAGUGUCACAGACUAGAAUAGAUCAUACUACAGAAGAAGCUCCUCCAUGUUCAAAUGUCAUGGUUCAAGAAACACGUCCACCUUCAGAUGCCGAGGCACUACACAAUAAAUCAGAAGACACUAGUGAGACAACUACGUCCACGAUUGAUCCAAAUCUAAAUGAGACGACAGACACGGCAGAGACGAGCAACCAACAGAAUGCUAUGACUAAAAGCAGUAAUGAUGAGACAGUAAAUGAGGAAGAGACAAGUAAUCAGAACUAUGCUGAAAGCAGUUAUGACGAUGAGAUGGAGGAAGACGAAGAGGAAAUUGACCAGAAUUGUGAUGAUCAAACUAAUAAUGACUGGAUCAGUGAAAUUUCUAAGCCUAAGAGCUAUUGGGAAGAGCGCAGGCAAGCCUGGUAUAGAGAGAUGCUUGAGACUGGUUCUCAUAAUGAGGAUAUAAGGAGGCUUCUUGAAAGAAAAACAGUGUCAAGUUUCCUUUCCAGUGACUUCCGGGAUAAAAUGAAUAGAUUGAUGGAAUCUCAUAAGGGAACACAAGCACAUUUAGUAAAUUGCCAAGACCUUGAGGAAGACAGCCAAGGGUUGAUGGCAUUUUUACAAGAACGCUUGCAUUCUGCAAGAACUUCUCGGGAAGAUGGAAGAGAUGUAAUUGAGGAAGAAGAGGAGAGAAGUCAGGAAGAGGAUGAUAAUGCAGAUGAGCAUGAAGAGGAGCAUGAGCGUGAGGAGGAGAGCUUGAUAAGUGGUUCAUAUCAUGAAGUUGGUGAUUAUUCUAAUAUGUCGUCAUCAUGGAGUUACAGGGACAAUGAAGCCGGUUACGAUUUUGACAGAGCUGUUUCUACAUCUCCACAAACUUAUCAUUCUCAAUCUUUCUAUCAGGAUAGUCGAAACUCGCCAUCCACCAAUCAUCAUUCAAUGGAAAUGGAACUCAUAUAUGAUUUGAAAGGGCAUAUGGAGCAACUUUAUCAAGAGAUGUCUGCGCUAAGGAAAAUAAUAAAGGGCUGCAUGGAUAUGCAGGUGGAAUUACAACAAACCAUGAAACAAGAGGUUCAUUCAGGUUUGUGUGGACACAUGUGUGCGUGUCUCAAGUGUGCCAUGGAUUUGCAAUGUAACAGUGGAAAAUGUCCCAUAUGUCGAGCUAAAAUAGUGGAUGUUGUUCGAGUGGGGCCAAAAACUGCUAUGAAGUCUGCAAAUUCAGGAAAGUGUUACCCAAUGUGCAGCUUUGGAGUUAGCGUAGAGGACCACGAAGGAAGUCAUUCUCAAUCGCUCUCGGAUCCAAAAGCUGCAAGAAGUAAGUACGCCAACCAGCCCCACAAAGGCGUGAAGGCAGACAUCAUUAAUGCUGUAACUACAAGAUGGAAACAUAACAGAGGAUAG